UUUCUCAUCACUGAUUGGUUCAAACGAGAUGAGGGGGCGGUCCAUACCCUGAGCGUUCUUCCGGCUUACAUGUUGGCGUAAAAAAAGGAAAACGAAUGGAAAAAUUGUAAUCCAGAAUAGGAGCAUUACUUAUGAACUCAUCGUUACGGCCACUACAUUAAAAACAAAUCCGAAUGAGCUCUCAGCAAUUUCCACGCCACGGGCUGUCUGCUUCCAGCGGGGGGGCACCGCUCAUCCCGGCCGGUGGGAACCUGGUGACUGUCAAUCAGCCGUCAAAUCCUCCAGCGGUUGCAGAGGCUGACAGCGGGCGGGAUGGAGAUCACAGCCAGCAGGAGCAUCCUCCAGCAGGGGUGGGGGGGACGGUAGUAUUCAGAGAUGACAAGCAGGAGACCAUGGUGGUCAGACCAUACCCCCAGGUGCAGACACACGGCCAGCCACAGCCUGCCCCCCAGACGGUGCCCAUCCAACCUGGCACACCUGUGGCUGUGCCGGCCCCCCCGGUGCACCUCCCACAAGGCCAGCCUGCAGUCCUCACAGACGGACAGAUGAAAGCUGUCCUGAAGUCACCCAUGCCUAGCCGUCUGAUAGCCCCAGCACCUGCCUCCAACCAGGGGCACAUCCCCUUGCCUCCCAAGGUACCAGGUCACAUCACGGCCACCACAGAAAGCAGCAUCGCCACAACACUUUCUAUCCCCGUGGCGACAAUCAGCGGUCAGCAGGGUCACACCAGCAACCUGCACCACCUCAUGUCAGCCAACAUUCAGAUCAUUCGAGGCAGCGCCCCUGCAUUGCAGAUCGGAACCCCCGCAGUCCCUUCCCAAACCUUCACGUCUCAUUUACCACGAGGCGCAGCCGCAGCAGCAGUCAUGUCGAGCUCCAAGACGGUCCUCCGACCAGGCGCCGGAGCAAGCGCAAGCCCCGGCCAGCCCACCGUGCAGCACAUCAUCCACCAGACAAUUCAGUCCCGUCCUGCCGUGACGACGUCCACGGCUGUGCUUCCCACUGUGGUGGCCCCAAUUUCAGCUACGAGGACUCAGUCUCCGGUCAUUAGUACGACAGCCACGCACUCAGCAGAGGUGGCUCACGGGCGCCCAGGACUGACCAUUCAUCCGCCUCCGGCCACUGUCAGCAUCCAGAGGCCUCAGACGCCCCGCGACACCGCCACCCGCAUCACGCUGCCCUCACACCCGGCCAUAGGGGCUCCAAAACCUCAGCCUCCGCACACCAUGACACAGAAGCCCAUCUUCAGUACUGUAACGCCAGUUGCUGCAGCCACAGUGGCGCCCAUUGUUGCCACAAACACUGUGCCAUCAACCACCACUAUAGGUACCGUGGCGCACACACAAAUGAGCAGCAACACUAUUGUCACCAUGACGAUGGCCUCCCACUCGUCUCAUGCCACAGCCGUCACCAACUCCACAAUCCCUGUUGCCAAAGUGGUGCCGCAGCCCAUCGCCCACUCGUCGUCCCGUGUGCAGCCCGACUACCCCGCAGAGAGAGCAAACCUCAUCCCCAUCCAAGGCCACCGAUCGUCUCCCAACCCUGUCACCAUGGAACCAAGAAGUGACAACAGGCCUUCUGUACCAGUUCAGUUCCAAUAUUUCCUUCCGGCGUACUCCUCAUCGUAUCCCCUGACUCACACCUACACCCCCAUCAGCAGCUCUGUGUCCACCAUCCGCCAGUAUCCAGUUACUCCCCAAGCGCCAAGUUCGGCACUGCCCACCCAAGCUGGGGUGGGCGUGGCCACCACUGUUCAUCUGAACCACAUGCAGCUGAUGGCAGUGGACCGUAUCGGUCUGCCUUCGGCACAAAUCAGCACCCAAGGCAUCCAGCCGGCACCCAUCGCCGCACAGGGCAUCCAGCCGGCGCCCAUAGGAGUACAGGGCCUGCACACAUCUGCGGCCAUCAGUGCGCAGGGAAUCCAGCAGGCCCCGAAUGCAACCCAGCAGCAGCAGCAACCGCCGUCCGAAGCGAAAUCUGGAGUUGUUUUGGCAGAUGGCUUUGUGGCUAACCCCAUUAGCAGCACCACUCAGCCGGUAGGCACCAUCGUGCAGGCACACGGCCAGGGAGGGGCGCCUACCUUGGUGUCCUCGCCGAGGCCCAGCAUCCUACGCAAGAAGCCCACAACUGAAAGUUGUGUUCGGAAGACCCUCAUCCCCGCUCAGCCCAGUGAACAAAGCAGCAGCAGAAUUGAGGGUGGGGUGAGAGGGGCUGGAUCCCCCAGACCUGCAGGAGUCAAACCCAAAGCUGAGGUGCACAUGGCGGUAGCCCCUCCUGUCAUGGCCACCGUGGAGGCGCUACCUCAGGGAGGGGAGCAGCAAGCUGUGGCUUCUGGCGUGCAGCAUCUCACCCAAGCCCUGCCCGCCAUGCUGGCCACAACGGGGCCCGUGCCCCCCUCCCAGCCCUCCACAGUCCUCUCGGCACUGCCGGCAGCCAUGGCUGUCACUCCCCCCAUCCCUGCCUCCAUGGCCAACACGGUGGCCUCGCCCACACAGCCCGCCGCCAGCAGCACAGCGGCCUGCGUCGCCAGCUCUGCCUGCCCUGACGUGAAAAUCAAGCAGGAGUUGGAGACGAUGGACACCUCCCAACCUGAUCUUAACGCAAACCCAGCCCUGAAUGCUCAGGCCUCCACCCUCAACGUGCCCCCCACAGGAGAUCUGAUCACUGGGGCCUCCCCGAGGAAGAAGCCUCGCAAGCAGCAGCACGUCAUCUCGACAGAGGAGAGCGAGAUGAUGGAGACCAACAGCACUGACGAGGAGAAGGCGCCAGGACGCCCCAUCACUGGCAGGGCCGAACGCCGCGAGUCUCCCCCGAGGGAAUACGUCGAUGAGGAAGGAGUGCGCUACGUGCCCGUCAGGCCUCGACCGCCUGUCACCCUCCUGCGCCACUACCGUAACCCCUGGAAAGCAGCCUACCACCACUUCCAGAGAUACAGCGAUAUCCGGGUCAAAGAGGAUAAGAAGGGCACCUUACAGGAUAUGGCCAACCAGAAAGGGGUGGCGUGCAGAGCGCAAGGCUGGAAGAUUCACCUGUGUGCUGCACAGCUCAGACAGCUGUCUAGUUUGGAGGAUGACGUGUACAGCCGCCUGUCCUCUCUUCAGGAGGGCCUCAUCCCGAAAAAGAGAGCAGGUGCUGAUGACGACCUCCACCGCAUCAAUGAACUCAUUCAGGGCAACAUGCAGCGCUGCAAGCUCGUGAUGGACCAGGUGACGGAGGCGCGGGACACAAUGAUGAAAGUGCUGGAGCACAAAGACAAAGUCCUCAAGCUGCUCAACAAGAACAGCGCCGUCAAGAAGUCGUCCAAGCUGAAGCGCAAAGAGCGGGCGUGAGCGAUGACGCCCUCCUCUUCGUCGUCGUCCUCCUCCUCUUUGCGCACGGACCCGCCACCCUCCCAUCCCCCACCUCUGCGCUCAGAAUCUGGUGCUAUGAUCUGCUUCAUACAAUCAAAGCACCCUGUGGGGGGCGGGGAGUUUAGGAAGAGGUUCUCACUGAAGACGCAGCGAGCAUUACGGAAGACCUCAAGGACAAUUUGUACUAACUUGUCGUCCGCCGCGUGGUGUAGCUGUGAAGAUGCGGCGCUAGGGGCAGGUGUGAUUAUGAGCGGCGUAAAUUGAGAUCAUCCAGCAACCUUUACGUGAAGACAAGACCAACCUCAGACGUGCUCUUUUUCUUUUCUUUUUUUUUUGUUUCAUCGACUGGUGCCUUCAUUGUGUUUGAGGAUGACGUAACACCAUGCUGGGGGGCAAACCGCAUCCAACACCUUUUAAAGUCAGUUAAGCUCAGAUGUAAUCCACAUUGACAGUAAACUAGCAGGAAGUAGAAUACUGUGGUGUGUAAUUGGCAAAAAUGUGAGCUUGAGCGAGCAUCCUCAUGUUCACUGUUACCCCCACUCCCCCCCACACACAAAGUUUUGUAACCAGACAUUUUGUGACGAGAUGUAAAAACGCCUCAUUUCACAGAGAGUCGGGAUGAUGUAGUGAGUCUGGAUCAUUCAGCCAGUGUACAUUGUUUUUUUUUUUGUCUGUAAUUAUAGUAAAGAUGCUUCAA